AUGCUGCGCCGCCGCGGAGCCUUCGCGGUGCAGCCGCUCCGUGCUGACCCCGAUGGUCCCUGCGAGUCGGCCGAGAGCUGCAUCGUGCGCACCUCCGCCAGCGUCUACCGCCGGCUGCAGGAGAGCCCGCGGCAGCCCCGGCGGGGAAUGAGCACCCGCGGACCCCCCAGCAGCCCCCCGGCCGCAGGGAGACCCCCCAAGUCCGAGUCCGAGGAUUCCGGCGUGGAGACGGCCAGCACCGAGCACUCACCCCGCAGCCCGCUGGGCUCCGAGAGCCGCUUCUCCCUGGAUGGUUUCCCGUUGGAGCAGCCCCCCGGAGAUGAGGAGCAGCCCCCCAAAAGCCGCCCGGCCAGCCGGAGGCUGCUGCAGGCAGCGCAGCGGAGCCGGAGGCAGCGCUGCCCGCGACAGCUCCGCGGCAGCGCCGCCGACCUGGCCGAGCCCCCCCGGGACCCCGAGGGGUCUCCUCGGGACCCCCGGGCCGUGCCCGAGGUGCCGGGGCAGGGGCUGCGCUACCUGGAGCACGUGUGCCAGAUGCUGGAGCGCCUGGCGAGGCUGCAGCAGGACAACCGCGCCCUGCGGCAGCAGGCGGCCGGAGCCCGCACGGGCACCCUGCCCGGCCCGCAGCACCUGAGGAGGGAUUUGGGCACCUGGAGGGGUGAGGGGUUCCGGCAGCGCUCCUGCUCCGACAGCCAGGCGCCAGCAGCCGAGCCCGGGCCGUGCCGGCGGCUCUGGGGACACUCGGUCAGCUCCCCCAGCCUGCUGGAGCCCGCCGAGGGCGGCGCCAAUGGCCCGGCACCGGACAAGGACGGCCGCUCGCACUGGGGCCGGGUGAAGGUGCUGCUCACCCGCCUGACCCGCCGCUCCCUGCGCGGCAGCCGCUGCAGGUAGGACGGGGGGGGUCCCGCUCGCUCGCACCGCCGCACCUGGAUAGAGGAACUACGUCACACCUCACCCCAUGACGUCACGCCAGCACGGGGCCGGUCCCCAGCCUGGCGCACCCCUUCACCUUUUUUUGUUUUUCCCUCAAUAAAGUCUUUUCACCCACAAACAGGCGGCUCCGAGCGAGGUGCUUGCUGGCGCGCCGUGACGUCACGCCCCUAAACCCGGCGUGACGUCACGCGAGGGCGCGUCACCGCCGCAUCACUUCCGACGGCUUUUCCGCCCCUUUUGUCCCGCCGGGCCCGGACCCGGGGACGUCCCGAGCGGCU